CUGAACCAGAAAAUGAAAACUCGAAGUCAAGCGAAGAAAGACUGGAUUUUUGGUGAGAGAGAGAGAGAGAGAUGGUGUUGAGUGCAACAGUGAUUGGAGCACUGUUAGGACUGGGUACCCAGAUGUACUCCAAUGCUCUCCGCAAACUCCCUUACAUGCGCCAUCCGUGGGAACAUGUGGUGGGCAUGGGAUUAGGAGUUGUUUUUGUGAAUCAGUUGGUCAAAUGGGAUGCUCAGCUUGAACAAGACCUCGACAAGAUGCUUCAAAAAGCUAAGGAAGCCAAUGAGCGCCGCUACUUCGAUGAAGAUGAUGAUUAGAACCUGUUCUUGUCUUCUGAAAAUUGUGGUCUCAGAACUAAUGUUCUUCAAAGGGCCGUAUAUACACUUGUUUUCUUUUUUAUCUUUUGAUGCUGUGCUUGUGAUCUUGUUAGUUGUUUUUCUUGCUUUUGCGACAAAUAAAGAUUUAGAUGCUUUCAUAAUGUGGACAGCCUGGGUUUGGAUCUUCAAUAAUACUUUGAAGCAAUCUAGUGAUUUUCUCCACUGGAAAUAUGAUUGAUGUAAUGGAUUUUUGGGCCCUUCGUGAUCACCGUUUGAUCUAAAGUUUGAAAUGAGUUAAUCUUAGGAUUUGCUUGGUAUU